AUGGCGGCAGCAGCUGCGGAGGCGCCGGAGCAGAUGUCGAAGCGCAAGCUCGGCGGCGAGGGCGAGGAGGCGCCGGUCGACCCCCUGGCGACCAAGCGGGCGGCCAGCGGCAGCGACGUGCCGGUGCCAAUGCAGGUGGACUAUGGCCAGGUCAUGAGGAACGAGGAUUUCAGCCCCGAGCUCCUGCGGAUCUACUACGACCGGCUGUUCCCGUUCCAGCUCAUGGUCAGAUGGUUGAGCUACAGGAACAACCCCAAGAGCGACAGCAAGCUCGUGGAGAAGGAUUUCUUCUUCCGCCGCGAGUGGACUUUCGUGUUGCAGGGGGACAUUUUCUGCCGCUACCAGUGCUUCAAGGACGCCGACGAGUUCAGGCAGAAAGUGAUGGCGCAGCAGCCGAUCCGGAUGGAGAUCGGCGCGGUGAACACACAUCCGCCAAAGAACCAUCAUACGGUCAUGAAGGACGCCUACAAGCCGCUGGAGCGCGAGCUCGUCUUCGACAUCGACAUGGACGACUACGACAGCGUCCGAACCUGCUGCAAGGGCUCCAAGCUGUGCACCAAGUGCUGGACGUUCAUGAAGGCCGCGAUCAAAGUAUUGAGGCGCACGCUGACGGAGGACUUCGGCUUCCAUCACAUGAUGUUCGUCUACUCGGGGCGCCGAGGCGUCCACUGCUGGGUCUGCGACAAGGCCGCGCGGCAGCUCUCGAAUGACCGCAGGACCGCUGUUGCGGAGUACCUCACCCUCGUGGCCGGCGGCCAGGGCAGGUGCCGCGCCGACAUCAAGAUGAACGGGUGCGAGCAGCUGCACCCGUCCAUCGAGGAGUCGCACCGGAUCUGCUUAGAGUACUUCAAGGAAGGCGAGAACAGCAUCCUGCAGGGCCAGGACAUUCUGAGGAAGGGUCCGCACCUCUCCAACAUCCUGGACGGGAUGCCGAAGGUGGAGAGCGACGUCAUCUCGGACUUCGUCAACAAGAACCCCGAGGCCACGUCCCUGGCCAUCUGGGCGGAGCUGGAGAAGCUGAAGGCGCAGCGCGUGCAGGACGCGAAGAGCUUCAAGCAGAAGCAGGACGCCAAGGUCAUGCUCACCGACAUCGUGAUCCAGUACACAUACCCCCGCUUGGAUAUCAACGUCAGCAAACAGAUGAAUCACCUUCUGAAGUCACCGUUCGUGGUGCACCCGAAAACGGGGCGGGUGUGCGUACCCAUCAUGCCGGAGCAGAUCGACUCGUUCGACCCAGCGAAGGUGCCGACCAUCGGGGCGUUGGUCGAGGAGCUCAACCGCACCAACGACCCGCGGCAGACGUCCAUGAAGGACUACACCCACUGGUUCGAGCACAGCUUCCUGAAGCCUCACGAGCAGGAGAUCGGCAAGGAUUUGCAGCUGCAGCCCGAUUUCGACUUCUGA